AUGUCUCAUGCCCAGAAGACGAGCCAGAGCCUCGUGCGUGCUCCAAACGCUGUUGAGCAGGGCCGAGGGCAGUCCAUUCCCACGAGCGAGAGCCGCCCGGACGACUCCUUGACCUCCGCCAUUGGCACCGACGCACACGACACCGCAGCCUCCUCGGCCAACGCGCAACCUGUGCCGCGCCAUGUGCGCUUUCCGUCGGGUUACGAUCACAACUCCUCCGAGUGCUCAUCGGCGCUUCAAAGUCUGACCUCCAACAGCACUCUCUCGACUCUUUCCAACCUCGAGGGCAGCAAAGUCGACUUUCUCGCCGCAGCGACUGCCACCCGCGACGGCGUUCUACGUGAAUCUGUCUUCUCAGAGUGGAAAGACGAUGCCAGUAGCCUUGACACUCUAGAUCCUGAAGAGAUGCAGAAGAAGGACCCACUAGGAGUAGAGUUAUGGAAGCUGUUCAGCAAGACCAAGAGCCAACUGCCAAACUCAGACCGGCUGACAAACCUAUCAUGGCGCAUGAUGUCGAUGAAUCUACGUCGCAUGGAACAAGAAAAGCUCACGUCCGGGAACCCACAAGUGUCUGACGUUGAUGAAGCUACAUCUGGAAUGAGCCGGGGCACGAUUCAUAGCACGCGCCCGGCACAGAAUGCCCCGAGUGGCAUUGCGCAAUUACACCGAUCGGUAGCCUCCCAGGCGAAUGUUGCGGACCAGGACUUGAUGAAUAUUGACGACUUCAUUGUACCUUCGUCGAUCGCAACCCCAACAGGCAUCUCACCCAUCACCUCUGACGACGUCGACUUUGAUCUUGAUUUGUCCUCGACAGUCACCGCUGUCUCGGCUAUUCCCAUCAAGCAACAACAACGCCUACGAUUUGAUGAUCUUUCCUUGGCAAGAGCAUCAGCGCCUUCAGUCCCACCAGCAAACCAACGCACAGAUUUCUCCUACGUCCAGAGACACGUUCGGAAAACAAGUAUUGACGAGAGGAGGCCACCCAAGAGACGAGCUGAAGCGUCGCCACAAGUUCCUCCCGUCAGCAAUACCGCCAUGGCUUCACGAGAUCCCACCGCCGAAGCAGCGCUCCAAGAGUACUCUCUUGAGUCUUCGUUGCCUUCGCACUCACGUCUCCACCAAACACAAAUGUCCUUCAACUUGGACACAUUCAAUCUGGACGCUGACCCGAUUUUGAAUUCAGCGGGUCCCUUCCAGCAGCAAUUCCCAUUUUCGCCACUCGAGUCUCCAGUUGUUGGAGGCGGCAUGUUCAGUGGCCUUCUCGGAGGGCCCGAAAUGGCUAUGGCAUCAAAUACAUCGGACUUUCAGCCUCAAUCAAUGCCAGGGUUCCCUUCUUCCACAUCCACACCCCAUUCCGUCGCCGACAACGAGCAGUUGCAGUUUUCCAAUCAAACACAGCACGCCUCAAUGACUGGCUUCUCACACAAUCAUCGAAUUCCUCAGGGCUUGUCACAGAGUGUACCUCAGCAACAAUUCGUGUUCAACCCAAACAGUCGAAAUGUUUUCAGUGCCGUAUCGUCCAGCAGCACCCUUGCGCCGUCUUUCAGCCACUCAAGCUUUCAUAUCCCUGGCCAAUUCGACAACAUGGGGAAUAUCAACAGCGACUUCUCACACCCACACAGCCUACCACUUUCGCGACAUGAGAACUUAUUUCACUUCGGAGGGGACUCUGACAACGAAGAUGACGAGGCUUUCUCCUUCCCAGAGUCUGGACUCAUGUCAUCCGGCUAUUCUCCAUCCGAUGAUCUCAAUUUAGACCCUAAUGGUUAUGUAUGGGACAAUUCCCUCGCCCAACAAUUCAACAAUGCACGGUAUCCUGGCGGUCAACCCCGAAAAGGCGUGACAAUUGGCAUGACUGAGGUCAUCCCGAACGCUCAAGUUUGGGAGCAUGGUGGUCUCGGACGAGGACACGGCUCUGCUGCAUCCGUAAGCGACAUUCGGAACCGAGGCGGAGAUCCGAGGACACGAAAGAUUGCGCGAACAACAUCAUCGCCCAACACCGCCGGAAUGUCCACCGGCAUGUUCUCCAUCCGCACAAGAGCAUCUCCGGCAUCACCAAGUGAAUCUGGUUUCAAUUCUGCCGUACCCUCAAGACCUGGUAGUCCGCGACUUGGUCUCGAUGGAAAUGGCCCGCCGACAAGCUGCACAAACUGUCUGACUCAAACUACGCCAUUAUGGCGCCGCGAUCCGGAAGGCCAUCCUUUGUGCAAUGCUUGUGGACUGUUCCUCAAACUCCAUGGUGUCGUCCGGCCUCUUAGUCUCAAGACCGACGUUAUCAAGAAGCGAAACAGAGGUACCGGCGCUACGAUCCCAGUCGGUACUGCACGGUCGAAGAAAGCCCAGAGCCGGAAGAACUCGGUUGCGCAGGCCCCUGUGACUACACCGUCGUCUGGAAAGGCUACUGGCAAUGAAUCAGAGUCUCCCAGGUCAAUCGCUGGAGGGUCCACAGCGCCGACACCACCGAAUGUGACUGCAGCCGACAAGCCUGUCAAGACUGUCAUCGCCAUUGCGCCAGGGCCACCAAAACCAAUCAGCCAAAAUCCCCCAGCGAUUGCGCCUCGCGCUGUCGCACCCAGGCGAACCCGUAAACAAAGUCGCGCGAGCACCACGCUUCCUUCCGGGAGCAGUGAUCCUGCUGAAGGCGACGAUGCCACGAGAGCCACUGUUUCUUGGGUGGAUAGCAAGACGCCAAGCUCCCAGAAAUCUUCUACAAGCCUCUCGCAAACAAAAGCAAAUGCAGCGUCGAUGCACGCGCAAAUGGUCCCACAGGGCGGUACGUCUCCGGACGAUGUCUCAAUGGGCGGCGAUGACAUUCCGCAGCAACCUCAAUCGAGUGGGCAGCGGCCUUUUGCUCCGUCGGGCAUGAUGUCUGGUCCGCAGGAGUGGGAGUGGCUCACCAUGAGUCUGUAA